CGCCUGAGCGUUGCCCUAGAUCAACUCCGUUCUCGCUCUCCACUUCCCCCUGUUAGUUUCACACUGAAGAUAUUCCCAUACCAACUUUACCCGGAGGCUUCGAAAGAGGGCGAGGACAAGUACGAAUGGUACAAGAAGAGCCGAUACGGAGACUCGGAGGAGAAGAUGAAGAUGUACACGAGCGUGAUGAGCGCGUACGGGAAGAGCUGCGGCAUCGACUUCAAGUUCGGCGGAACAGUAGCCAACACGAUCGAUGCGCAUAGGGUGCUGCAGUGGGUGCAAGAAACCAAGGGCGAGGAGGGAGUUAGGAAAGCUGUGGAAUUGAGUUCGACAGCGCUAUACAGCCAGUAUUUCGAACACGAGCAGCAUCCUUCUUCUAAGGAGACUCUUUUCGCUGCCACUGCUGCAGCUGGUGUUCCCGAGGCUGAAGCGAAGGCAUUUAUAGAAGACGAGUAUGAGGGCUUACAAGAUGUCAAGAUGUUGAUAAGAGAGCAGGCAGGAAAUGCCGUUGACGCAGUGCCGUAUGUCGUUUUUGAGGGAAAGAGGAGAGACUUCACGUUACAGGGAGCGAAGGAAGUAGAAGAGUAUGUGAAAGCGAUGGAACAGGUCAUCAAGGAAAGUAGCUGA